AGCGCAAUACAUGUCAUGUCCGUUCCAGUGCAGCGCAAUGACACGUCCAACGAUUAUUAUUAUACUAUUUCUGCGACCUAGCGCUACGUAAAGUUGUAGCUAAGGAACCGCGCUAUUGUUUUCUUCCUGGCUAUCUUUCGGAGAAAUUACCCGCACUUUUAUCUUAGCGCUACAUAUCGACUUCGACGAGGAUACCGACGCGGCGACUGGGACUCGACCCAGACCUUUCAACUAGAUAGACGAUAGUGCUACCUGGAUAUCUGUCACACGCGAUCCUGCCCGUUGUCAAUACUGCCUAAGUUGCCGUGGAAAUGCUCGGAACUACAGCACGGCCCGAUGACCGCGAGUUCACCGUUGGCUGGGUUUGCGCUCUCUUCAAAGAAUACAUCGCGGCUCUGGAAAUACUAGAUCAGACCUACGACGAUACCACGAAGAGCUCGCUGACAAGUGAUGGUCGCAGUUAUUACACUCGCGGUCGCAUUGGAGGACACAGAAUAGUGGUUGGUUGUUUGCCAAUUGGCCGGUACGGGCUAGUGUCCACAUCCACAGUCGCGGAGGACAUGAAGAUGAGAUUCCCAUCUAUAAAUCUAGGCUUCAUGGUCGGAAUUGGUGGCGGUGCCCCGAGCGAAAAAAAUGAUGUUCGUCUUGGAGAUGUGGUUAUUGGAACGAAGGUAGUUCAAUACGGACUCGGUAAGAAAACACCGAGUGGAUUCCAAGUCACUGGUCACACAUUCACACCAGCUCCUAUCCUUCUUCAUGCGGUGACUGGACUGAAAACACGCAUUUUCGAUGGGUUAGACCUUGCAACAUCCUUAGAGCAAAUGGUCGCAAAAUCUCCACCGAUGAAAGCGACAUUCGGACGCCCUGAAUCGCAUACGGAUCGCCUGUACAAUCCUCGAUACGUUCAUCUUGACAACUGUGAUUGCACCAACCAUAGACCUCAAGAUCAAGUGCAUUUAAUACAAAGGCCCUCCCGUGGCAAGGAUCAAGUCAGGGUCCACGACGGGAUAAUCGCAUCUGCCGACCAAGUCAUAAAAGAUGCCACGGCUCGAGAUCAAAUCGCCCACGAAUUCGAUGCUCUUUGUUUCGAGAUGGAAGCAGCUGGCCUCAGCGACAGCUUAAAAUGGAUUGCUAUUCGCGGGAUCUGUGACUAUUCCGACUCACACAAAAAUGAUCGAUGGCAUGGCUAUGCUGCUGCUGCUGCCGCUCUCUGUGCCAAAGAGCUGCUGCUCACUAUUCCUCCGGUCAAUUCCACAGGCAUGGAGCGUGUGACUGAGCACAAACGGUGGGAAGUUGACCGUGCGGACUUCAUGCGGGUGCUUGAAAAGCUGCCCACUGGAAUAGCGACGACCAUGCACAGUGCCCUCAUUGGAAUCUGCGUCUUACUGGCUAUUUUUGGACAGUUGAUUUGGUCUUUUUACCUCUGGCCUCCGAUGAAACAGUUUGGGGGUGCACCCAUACAUAUAAACAUCCACGUUUCCCAGCAAGCAGUGUCCCAUACACGAAGACAAAGUGAAGUGGAUUGGUUUUCUACCGUACAGUGGAACGGUGCUGAGGGGGAAAAGGUGAUGGGCAGUACUGCAGAACUUCUCCAAGGGGUCCGAGCCCUGAUCGGCAAAGAGAUCGGCAGAAACAUUUCGAUCAGUAUCCCACAUGAUACUACUACUGGUGGUCCACUUUCCCCUGUCGACUCGAGCUGUGACCCACUGGAGAGGAGAACAGAUUCUGUAUCGAGUGCAUCCAAGCCACCAGUGCCUCCACGUUCCAAGAAACCACGCGGCUACGUGUCGAGGCGUAACACACAGAUUCCAGUUCCCAAUUCCAUGGCGAGGAAAAACAAACAAUCAGCAGAACGCAAAAAUAACAAAUCUGAAGUGGCCGGCGAGGAUGUUCCAGAAAUUGUGGCUCUAAUCAAUGAAUUUCGAGGGCGGGCAUCAAUGAGCGCUCCCGGCACCUUUAAUGUAUCCGGCGCAAGUUUCCAGGGGAGGUUCAUUGUUGAUGGCCGCGAACUUCAUAUUGAUGGCCAAUUCUAUCAACAUAUUGGGCAGACUCAAGCAACCCCUGUAACCCUGACGUACGAGGCCGUCGAUGAUUUACAUGGCACUUACGAAAUCGACCAAGGGUCAUCAUCUAUUGGCCCGACCGAGCUGAAGAUCAAAGCUCUGAAUACCCAAGAAAAGACUAUUUCGCUCAGUGGCACGAUCACUCCGCCUACCCCUUCCACACAUCAAGUCAGCGGUGCUUUACACAUCGCGAUUCAUGAGUAAGAUGUUGUUAACUUGCGAGACAACCAUCAGAUCGGACCGGCGGGGAGGUGAGUGAGGAUGGGAAUGGCUGGGGAGCACGGCACGGUUCCAUACGCAAGCGUAUUCUGGUCAAGAUGUUAUUAGUCCUGCGGAUCGUUUGAC